AUGAGCGCGCUCGGCGAGGGCGUCGACUUUGUCAUCGGCGGCGAGGGCGAGACCAGGCCCAAGCCCGGCAAGGCCAGGGAGCGCCGCUGGCAGAGGGACCUGCGCCAGGGCCGCUACGGCGCCGCCCUCGACGGCGUGCUCGACCCGGCCGCCAAGGACCGCUCGCCGCUCAACGUGCUGACGCUGCUCGUCGCGCUGCGGCACCGCGGCGCCCUGCGCGACGCCCUCGAGGGCCGCGACGAGGCCACCGUCCAGCCUGUGCUGCGCUGGGUGUGCGCCCACGUCAUCGACCCGCGCUACGUCUCUGUCUGCGUCGACGUUGGCCUGCACCUGCUCGACCUGUACGCCGAGUUCGUAGGCGGCUCGGCCGAGUUGGCGGAUGGGUUUCGGCUGCUACGGAGGCGCGUCAGCCGGGAGGUUGAGCGCUCUCAGAUUGCCUGCCAAACGGGUGGCAUGGUGCAGAGUCUCAUAAUGAGCGGCGCUGCAUAG